AGGGAAUGAACGGUCACUGCAACGGUCAUGACACAAUCUCGAGUUCGUUCCUGGAUGCUUUCGCCGUCCGUACCGUGUACGGACCGGUACCCCUGAAGCACGCACUUGACUGGCCGGUCUUCGCCUCCUAUGACGAGCUGUCGGGCUGCGCUACUUGGAUGGGCGGCCGCAUCCCCACCUUUGAGGAAACGAGAAGCAUCUACAGUUACGUUCACCGCUUGAAGAAACAGAGACAGGAACCGGAGCACACGUUGGGGACGACCGUGCCUGCCGUGAACAAGCACCUCUCCAAUGGUGGGGUGGAUGAGACGCCUCCGCCCUCUAAAAACUUGGAACUCUUCGUCGACCUCCGAGGUGCCAAUGUUGGAUUCCAAGACUGGCACCCUGUCCCUGUGACGGCCAACGGCGACCGCCUCGCUGGACAGGCCGAGCUAGGUGGCGUGUGGAAAUGGACAAGCUCACCGCUGGAAAAGCACGAGGGUUUCGAGCCCAUGCCGCUCUAUCCGGGUUAUUCUGCCGACUUUUUCGACGAUGCGGCCCUCGUAGCUGAUCGCGUCCGUGUGUACGAGUUCAGUGUCAACUGGUAUCAGAGAAACUACCCGUUCGCUUGGGCCGGGGCCAGACUCGUCCGGGAUACGCCAAAGAGAGCUUCUUAG